GGUAGAUGAAGGAGAUUUUGACAUCGAGGACAAAAUGAAGCAACUCGAAUUUGUCUUGAACAAAGACUUUUUGACAAUGUUUGGAACUAAAAGUGAUAUUAACAGCAAAAUUGCAGUCUUAGAGAGUAAGAAGAUGCAGAUGAAAGGGGCAGUUGAACAAGGUGCCGCUUACCUAGCAUUAGAUCUCUACGACUUAGAGGAGCUAACGCUUUCGAAAGAUCUACCAGUUCCUGAUAGAGAGACCAAAAAAUUGCUUGAAAGCACUGAACAGAUAAUAAAGGAUGCAGUCUACAAGGAUCAGGUGUUUUCUGACCUUUCAUCUAGUAGAUCUAAAUCGUCAGAUACAUCUUUGGAAGCCGAAUGUCAGGAAACACAUUUUUUUACGGAGCUGUAAAUUUUAGAGUCCAGGGUAAAAUUAAAGGAAAAAAUGUUUAUUUAAUCGCAAAAUGAGAAGACGUUUGAAUAUUAUGCAUACAUAAAACACCAAUUCCCCAAAUCCAAAAUAGUGUGUUUCCGCUCUAAUAGUAAAUGUCAGCUUCUUUAAAGACUGUAAUUUGUAAUGUACGCG